AUGGCAAAAGGUAAAGACCGCAAAAAGGAAAAGAAAAGUGACAAACCAAAAGUAAUACUUGACGAUGAAGACAUGGAAAAGGUUAUUGCUUUUGAAGAUUUCAAAUUGGAAGUACAGUCUAUCAUUGAUGAGUUAAAAAACGAUCUGAAACUGAAUUACAAUGUGCGACUCAACCCCCGCCAAAUUGAAACAAUCGAAAUCAAUUAUGAUGGUGUUAAAGUUGCCCUUGCUGACAUUGUUACAGUUGCUCGAAAACAACAGGAAAUAGUCAUCAAUAUGGCUGCUGCUCCGAAUGCUCUGAAACCAGCUAUGACUGCCUUAAUGGAAUCCGGAUUUAACCUGAACCCUCAACAGGAUGGUACUAUUAUUUACAUUCGUUUGCCUAAGGUGACAACUGAACACCGAGAAACGCUGAUCAAAUUGGUGAAAACUGCCGGACAGAAAGCAAAAGACAAAAUCAAAGAUCGAAAUUUUCAUAAAAAGUUUUAUCACAAGGGCACAGACACCAAAAAGUUGAGUCAAGAUUUGCUUUCGGAUGUGUCGGCAAACAUGAACUAUUUUAUCAAGCAGCAAAACAGUUUGAUUGAUGAAAUUAUAAAGCAAAAAACUGAUUCGUUGAUAAACAACUAA